AUGACCUGGAAAGGUUGCAGCUACAAAGUGAACACCCUCGAACGAACGUCCUGUCGUUGGACAAGGGAUCAGUAGCCAUCCGACCUCCUUGCGUACCUGCUGGUAACCUUCGUGGCCACCAUUAACAAUUCAGAAACACAAGGCAACCAUUGCACCAGGCAUUCGUGGCUUCAGGCAACGUGGUAAGCCCCUUGAGAAACUGCGCGCAACCUUCGACAUGCACAAUGCUCUAAGCAAAAUUAUCAAACUUUUUCAAAAUUUUGCCGUUCGAUCACACUAUCAUUUAAGUAAAACAACAGUUUUCUCUGGAGAAAACAACGUCUCCGGAAAUGUUUCGAAUCUUGAGUGCACGUGUUAAAUUUUUCUAAAUAUAUUCAUAGCUGUGAUAUGUCAAACGUUGCAUGCAUCGAUUGUGAGUUUCCAUUCGGCGAAAAUAAACGCCCACAAUUUUUACUCUGUUUCUCUAUCUUCGAGUUUCAAGCUCGAAUGUGGUGUUCUGUUUCGCUGAAUGGAAAUCCACUAAUUAAUUUAAAACUCGUACAUCUGUCGCAAAUUUUAAUUGUUCCUUCUCUCUGCAGGAUGUGGAUUCUGAUUCGAGUGUCGAGAACCGUCCUCCUGAAAACGUACGUCUCAAGCCGUCGAAGACGCCGCGUAGGUCUCGCUCUAACCCGCAAAUUCGUCCGUGGCACCUGGCUGAGCUUGCCGUCGACAGUCGUCCUGUAAAACACCCUCGGUACUCUCCUGACCAACGUCGUCGUUCACCGGGGAAAGAAAUCGCGAUUGAUGGCGACUACAACUUCCGAUCAUUCGGUGUGGGCAACCCUUGUGCCGUGGCAACACCCUUGUCCCAACGAUCUCAAGAUUCGAGAAGCAUCUCUUCGUACUUUGUUCCGUUGUCCGACCAACCGAGCUCGUAUUGGAUGCAAGGCAACGUUGGGAUGAUCAAGAGUAAAUCAUUGGACAAACUUGAUGAGAUAAUGCGUAACGACCCUAUCCUAGGCGAGGAUUACCAUGGGAUCUCUCCGCCGUCGAAAUCAACGCAAACCCAAACGGACACAGUGUACAGGUAUUUAAUACAUCUUGGUCACAAGAUUUAUUUGUUUUGCUUUCUUGUGGGAUUCCCAUGAUCUAAAACCGUGUCGUCUGACGCUGAUCUUAAGCUUCCUCUGACCACGUCUAAAUUAUCUUAUAGCGGUGCUAUGCUCUGCAACUUUUUACCUAAUGAGUUGAAGAAUAUUGAUGAUUUCUCAUUCGGUUUGUUUAAAACAAAACUGAAGGAAUUUUUUCAUAACUUAAAUUAUACCGUGGACCAUGUGAACAAAUUCUCUUGCUACACUUGCAAGCACCUUGUAGAAUGUCGUUGCCAUACGAAUUCGAAUUUUAUAUAAAUAUGAAACUUCUUGAUGAGGGUAUUGAAGGCCAUUAGGUAGAAUACCGUUAAGGUAACAAAGUACAUUUACAGACUCAAGCCGAAAUGGCUUGUGAAACGUCUUGAUGAGAACAUUCAUAUUCUUCAACAAUUUAAAAUAAAUGAAUGAUAUUUGGUGGGAACUUAAAGAUAUAUAUAAAUCAGCAUGAUUUUGUAUCAGAUAAACAAACUCCUUCACGGUCAUGAUUUCUUUUGUGUUUUCUUCAUGAAUUAUUGAUGAGUUUCACAAGUACUAGUUAAAACAUGAGCAGCCAAUCUUUAUCUGACCCAUCUUAUGACCCAUCUUAUGACCCAUGCUUAUGAGUUCAUUGGCGAAGUAAUUUUAAAAAUAAACAUUGUCUUAGCCGAGAAAAUCAAAACUGAAGUUUAUGUUAAUCAGGACAAGUCUUUAUCCGAUUUACAAACAUUGAUUAAACAUUCGUUUCUUUUGAAUUUUCUCCACAAAUUAUUAAUGAGUUUCACAAUAUAAGUAUAUAACCUCACCCUCACCAAAUGUCACGACCUGCACUAUUACUAUUAAUAUUAUAGAAAGAAAAAACCUCGUCGAAAACGUAAUGACCGCCCAAGAAGCCAAAUCUUACCACCAACGUAUCUUCAAUUACCUUCCGUCACAUGGCUACCAAACGAGCUAGGAAGCAACGAAAACCUACAAGGUGCCACAUCGGCAAAUGAAUCUCCUGAAGUGCGCGUUGAUUACGACUUGGGUCCGAAUUACUCUCGCGCAACGCAUCGUAGACGAUCAAAAGAGGAACAAGCUCAAAUUGUUCAACGGUGGAUUAAUGAAAUGAUCGAGCAUAAGAAAGCUCAAGAACAGCACCGACAAAAUAUUGUCAGACAGUCGGCUGGCAGGGAACGGUCGGUGAAAUUAAAGAAAAAGAGCCGGUCGGUACCCGAGCACACAUUUCGUGGUAACCAGUCGAAAUUUGAGCGACGACGUGCUUCGGAUGAUAGCGAGGAAACAAAUGGGGAAAUGGAUGGGAAAUUGAGACAUUCUGGCAGCGAUCCCAGUUUUAGAUCUCCACUUGCAGAUGAUAGAAAUUUGUCCGUAAGUACAUCCUCUACAGGCACUGCAUCGACGCAGACUGUCGGGACAUCCACAGCCACGGACGAAAAAAUAUCUCCAUUUUUGCAGUCUCGUAUACGUAGUCUGGAACAGUCGUUUCAACAAAGUAAUACACCUGGCCCCAGUAUACAAAAUAACAACAACCCCUUGGACUCGACCAAACAAUCGGCAAGAAAUCGUAGUGACUCUUCCCCUAGGCCAAUGAGACACAGUAGGGCAUCGAACCCAGAUCUACCACUGAUAUCGCAUCUCCUAUCGGGAGGAGAGUUGGAUAGUCAAUGCUAGCAGCUAAAUCGUGAAGUAUCGUAAUUAUUAUGUAAAGUAAUCUGCUUAUGAAGUAAGGAUGAAAUGAUCCAGCAUGAAUUGUAUUUAAAACUUCAUUGAGUCUUUCAAAGAAAAUGAAAGCUACGUAAAUCCUAGAUAAUUAAUACACGUAUGAUAACAGGUUUUGAGCAAAACUUUCAACACGCUUCUGGAAAGCAGAUCACCUUGUAUGUAGAGUGUAGAGCCUCGUAUUCGCACUCGAAUAAACGACUGUAAAGAAAGCUUGUAAACUAUCAUUGAUCGUAUCAAUUUAAUACUGUUUGGUUAGCUUGAAAUAGUGGCUUUAUUGUUGAGAAACUAAGAAAGUUCUACUGUAGUAUAUUGAGCUAAUUUGCUGAGUAUCACUUCUCGCGUCUUGAAAUGCAGGCGUUUUAUCCGAGACAAAAGUCUGUAGUUUCCCGCUGUAAAAAACAGGCCGUGGGCGACGUCUCAAACUCCCGUGGGAUAUUAAUUAUUCGUCUUUUUCUUAAAUAUUAUGCAUCUCAUUGUAUGAAUAGCCGUCGUUUUCACUGACGUUGCCGUUUUACAUCGUAAAAUAUCUAAUAUCUGAUACAUGAAAACGAGGUUCUUAGCCAAGGUGAUGUACUCUCCAGAAGGGUGUUUGAGUGACCUGCUACCAUUUCUCACACGAAAUAGAUUUUUCUCAGAAAAUUCAGUUAUACUUUCCAUAGGUGCCAGUCUUUCAAAGAUCAAUUGAAACUAAUUCUGAGUUUAAACCAAUUUCUGUGUUUCUGUAAGAAUUUCGAUCCAAGGAAGAUUUGUGGAAAUAAAAUUCAAAAUUAAGUUCACACACACAAUAAGUUCACAAUAUUAAUUUAAUAGGUCGAAUCUUUGUUGCCUCGGAAGAUUUGUGGUACACAUUUGUUCACAAAAAAAGUAGCUGAUUGUCAGCCAAUUUCAAAAUCCACACUAUUGAGUACAAAGUACUGGUAAAGGAUGUAAAACCAUUAAUGCACAAGACUAUUUGUCCUAUUAUAAUCUGAAUUCUAUGUAAACAAUGUUUUAAACUACUACUGUAUAAUUUAUACUACAAACCAUUUCUGUUUGGUGUGGGUCUUUUCAUUGUGCAAAUUUCAUAGUAUGCAAAAGCAUGCCAAGAGGGUCAGCAUGGGGGGCACUUUCCCCUGGGGCCCCAGCUCAAAAAGGUCCCCAAAACAAUGAAAGCCAUUAAACAAUUAGGCCAAAAAAAAAAUAUGUUGGUUUCCGGUUUCUUCUUAUAAAAACUUAGGUAGGGUAGGUCGGUUUUAACUUUUUUUUUUAAACUUUUUUUUUUAAUUUUCCGAACAAGCGGACGCCAUUUUGUUUAGUCAGUGCUUCCACAAUCAAAGAUAAAUUUCCCUAAUAUUGCCUCAAAUUUCAAUUUUCCGCAAACUUUUUCCUCUAAGUGGAAACACUUACAAGCAUGAUCCAAUAAAAAGUUUAGGGUCGGGAUUUCGACGUCCAAAAGCUAGGUAGGGUUGGGAAACCGGAAACCCACAUAUUUUUUUUUUGGCCUUAUGACAUCAUGGGGACCCGCUGGGAAAGUUUGCCCCAGGCCCCAUGCAACCUCUCGGCAGCCCUGAAUGGUGUGGAGGCUUGAGGAAUGUGCAAAACUUGUACAAAGACAUACUAUUUUUGAAUAAAUACCAAGGCAAACAAAC